UCUGUUCCUAUGGAUUUGGCGGGUCGUAUUCAAAUCCAGAUGACGCAUACUGUCGCGUAGACCAAUGGGAGGAGAGGGGGGCGUUCCCAACUAUUUGUUCCAAACACGAAUCCGGAGUGCGAGGCUCUUUUUCGCAGGUCUUAGUGCCCUCUGAGUAUGAGUACAGCAUGAGGAGGUGUUUAGAGGAUCAGGAGCCGGUGUUCACCCCACAACAACGCCGGCUUCCCGGCAGCGCCGAGGGCUUCCAGCACAGGGUUCUUGCCCCAGCGCCUGCCGUAUUCGAGGCUGUGGCUGACGGCAUGCAGCCUACUCCAGGAAUACAGUACCCGGUUCCCCAGACAUACCAGGUGUCUACAGUGGCCCAAAGCUCGAGUGGUCACGGUCACACUCCCAGUCCGGCGGUCCACAGCGGGCCUCACCAUCAUGGUCCAGCAGCGGUCCAGGCUCACGGUCCUGCACCGGUGCAGGGUCACGCCCACCCGCCCACACCCUCUGCAUCCGCACAGGGGCAGCAGCAGUUCCAGAGACUCAAGGUGGAGGACGCCCUGUCUUACCUGGACCAGGUGAAGCUCCAGUUUGGCAGUCAGCCACAGGUCUACAAUGAUUUCUUGGAUAUCAUGAAAGAGUUUAAAUCUCAGAGUAUUGACACUCCGGGCGUAAUCAGCAGAGUGUCGCAGCUCUUUAAGGGUCACCCUGAUCUCAUUAUGGGGUUUAACACAUUUCUUCCGCCGGGAUACAAGAUUGAAGUUACGAGAUACAAGGACAAUGACCUGGUUAACGUGACUACGCCCGGCGAGAUCCACCACAUCACACCUCAUGGCAUCUCCGUGCAGCCGCAGCCGCAGCACCAGAACCAGAACCAGAUCCACACAAACCCUCCCAGCCUGGCAUCCACACCUCCCGCCCAACCCACGCCAAAAAGCAAGCCGCUGCAGUCUCCAGCUCCGACUCCGAGCAGUCAUCCCACUCCGUCCAUCCAUCCAUACGCAUCCCCGCGUUCCCCCCCGCUGCAGCCCCACACUCCCAUCAACGCCAUGCCCACCGCCCCACCACUGCAAAACAACCAGCCUGUGGAGUUCAACCACGCCAUCAACUACGUCAACAAGAUUAAGAAUCGCUUCCAGGGCCAGCCCAACAUCUACAAGUCCUUCCUCGAGAUCCUGCACAAAUACCAGAAGGAGCAGCGUAAUGCUAAAGAAGCGGGUGGGAGCUACACCCCGGCCCUGACCGAGCAGGAAGUUUACGCUGAGGUGGCCCAACUCUUCAAAAACCAGGAAGAUUUGCUCUCUGAGUUCGGACAGUUCCUGCCAGAUGCCAACAGCUCUGUGCUGCUGGGGAAGACUGCAGCGGAGAAGGCUGAAACUAUGGGUAAAGAUCCCGGUGGAACGGUCAAGAAACCGCAGCUCAAUAACAAGCAGAGGCUCAAUCAGAACGGCUGCCAGAAAUGCAAACAUCCGACUACACCCGUCACUCCACCUGUGAAGAAAAAGCUGAAGUUAAUGAAUAUCAAAGAUUCAUCGGCGGCUGAGGCUGGCAAACACAGCGGAGGAACAGAGUCUCUUUUCUUUGACAAAGUGCGGAAAGCUUUGCGAAGUGCUGAAGCCUACGACAACUUCCUCCGGUGUCUAAUCAUUUUUAAUGAGGAAAUAAUUUCUCGUGCUGAGCUUGUUCAACUUGUGGUUCCAUUCCUGGGCAAAUUUCCUGAGCUGUUCACUUGGUUUAAGAACUUCCUUGGAUAUAAGGAGAUGUCACACUUGGAGACGUACCCAAAAGAAAGAGCCACUGAAGGAAUUGCCAUGGAAAUUGACUACGCUUCAUGCAAGCGUCUGGGCUCUAGUUACCGAGCUUUACCCAAGAGCUACCAGCUGCCCAAAUGUACCGGGAGAACAUCACUCUGUAAAGAGGUGCUGAAUGAUACCUGGGUUUCCUUCCCCUCCUGGUCCGAGGACUCUACCUUUGUGAGCUCCAAGAAGACUCAGUAUGAAGAACACAUGUACAGAUGCGAGGACGAGCGAUUCGAGCUGGAUGUCGUUUUGGAAACCAACCUGGCCACCAUUCGUGUUCUGGAGGCAGUUCAAAAAAAGCUUUCUCGGAUGUCUGCAGAAGAGCAGGCGAAAUUCCGACUGGACAACACUCUGGGCGGCUGCUCGGAGAUCAUCCACAGGAAAGCCAUCCAGAGGAUAUAUGGAGACAAAGCUCUGGACAUCAUCGAUGGACUGAAGAAGAAUCCAGCGGUGUCUGUUCCCAUUGUCCUCAAGAGGCUAAAGUUGAAGGAGGAAGAGUGGCGUGAAGCUCAAAGGGGUUUUAACAAGAUCUGGAGAGAGCAGAAUGAGAAAUAUUACCUGAAAUCUCUGGACCAUCAAGGCAUUAACUUCAAGCAGAACGACACUAAGGUGCUGCGCUCUAAAACGCUUCUCAACGAGAUCGAGAGCAUCUUUGAUGAGCGGCAGGAACAGGCUUCGGAAGACAACAGCACGUCUACUAAUGGACCUCACCUGACACUGACCUACGAGGACCGUCAGAUUCUAGAGGACGCGGCUGCGCUCAUCAUCCACCACGUGAAACGCCAGAGCAGUAUCAACAAAGAGGACAAAUACAAGAUUAAGCAGAUCAUCUACCACUUCAUCCCUGACAUGCUGUUCUCCCAGCGAGGGGUGUUAUCGGACGCUGAGGAAGAGGAUGACGAAGAAGACAUGGACAUCGACGAGGGGGCAUCGAAGAAGCACAACGGGCUGACGGGAGGAGUUAGUGGCAGCCCGACAAAGACCAAACUUCUGUUUAGCACAUCAACGGCUCAGCGGCUUCGCUCCUGCGAGGACGCGUAUAAUCUGUUCUAUGUGAAUAACAACUGGUACAUAUUUCUCCGGCUGCACCACACCCUGUGCUCACGUCUGCUGCGGCUCUACGUGCAGGCCGAACGACAGAUCGAAGAGGACCUGAGGGAGCGCGAGUGGGAGAGGGAAGUGCUCGGACUCAAGCGGGACAAAAAUGAAAACACCGCCAUCCAGCUGCGUCUGAAGGAGCCUAUGGACAUAGAAGUGGAGGAUUAUUACUCAGCGUUUCUGGAGAUGGUGCGUAAUCUGCUGGAUGGGAAUAUGGAGGCAUCUCAAUAUGAGGAUUCCCUCCGAGAGAUGUUCACCAUUCAUGCCUACAUCGCCUUCACCUUGGACAAACUCAUCCAGAACAUAGUGAGACAGCUACAGCACAUAGUGAGUGAGGACAUCUGUGUUCAGGUCACAGAACUGUACCUGAGUGAGAGCAGUCACUCAGCCACAGGUGGAUCUCUACUCACGCAGAGCAGCAGGGCACCGGCGGAAACGUCUUACCAGCGCAAAGCCGAGCAGCUCAUGUCCGACGAGAACUGCUUUAAGUUAAUGUUUAUGAAGAACCGAGGGAAUGUUCAGCUCACUGUGGAGCUGCUGGACACGGAGGAGGAGAACUCGGACGGGCCAAUGGAAAUCGAGCGCUGGUCGGAUUACGUUAUGCGGUAUCUGUCGGCUGAUUUCACGUCUCCAGACCUGAGGGAUCAUCUGUCUCAGAAGCCUGUGUUUCUGCCAAGAAACCUGCGGCGGAUCCGGAAGUGUCAGCGUGGCUGUGAGUCUCAGGAGAAGGAGGUGAAGGAUGGAGGGAGAAAAGAGAGCUCAGACAGCAUGAAGAUGGAGUGCAUGUUCAAACUCAACUCCUAUAAAAUGGUGUAUGUCUUCAAAUCAGAAGAUUACAUGUACAGACGUACGGCGCUGCUGAGAGCACACCAGUCUCACGAGCGUGUGAGCACGCGUCUGCACCAGCGGUUUCACGCCUGGACUCAGCGCUGGGUGAAGGAGCACGUGACCAGAGACAUGGCUGCUGAAACCAGCAGGUGGCUCAUGGGAGAAGGGCGGGAGGGACUGCUGCCCUGCUCCACCACCUGUGACCCCGAGACCCUUCAUUUCCAGCGCAUUAAUAAGUACAGAGUCAAGUACGGCAGCGCCCACAAGAGCCAGUGACAUCGCAGACAGGGGCGGAGCUCAGCGUGACAGCUCAACUGUCAUGUGACCCAAGUGAGAUUUUUAACAGUGUUUUUUUCAUAUAUAUAUAUAUAUAUAUAUAUAUAUAUAAAGCUGUUCCUGCAGAAACGCAGGUCUCCCAGUGCCAAAAAAACAUGGGGUUGAAGACCUGUCAGUCAAACCCAGCCCGGACCAAUCAGCACAGCUCUUACAGUAGACCAGCCCACCGAUCUAAUAAAAAAAAAAAAAAUAUAUAUAUAUAUAUAUAUAUAUAUAUAUUAGGAUUUCAUGCAUCUCUUGAACGCCAGUCGAGUGUGUUCCCUGGUUUUUGAUAGGUAAAACUUCACAGGCAGCAGAUCCGAGUAAAUCUGUGGCGGAAAAGAAAUCAGAUUUUUAAAAAAAACGAAAGCGUUUCAGGAUAAGUGCACUUAACUUUAGCGUAACUUCAAGAGAUUUAUUCUGCCACAUCAUUUAAGAGAACAAAGAUCUGAGGUGCGAAUCUUGCAUUGUAAUAUUAGAAUGCACAAAUUCAGUUUUUACUUAAAAAAAAAAAAAAAAAAAAAAGGCAAAAAAUAUAAAUGCGACAGCAAUAAAAAUCUGAGGCCUGCGUGAAGGUAUGUUACGAAUCAGAAAACACACUUAUUUCUGCACCAUACACCAGCUUACAGCGAAAAUGACCUGUGAACCACACACACACAUAAACACACACAAUUCAACAGAUUUGUAAAUACAGUGUAAAUAUCGCCAGACCUUUUUAUGCCAGAAGUGUGUUGUGUUUAGUGCUUUAGUGUGGCGUUUGAGGAGAAAGAAGCGGGAACCACAUGGAAAACAAUGACAAAUGCAAGACCGUUUAUUGCAGUUUUUACCAAAGGGAGUCGAUUAUUAAGGUCGGGUUUGUUUUCUUUCUCCUUUCGUGUUUCCUUUUCUAUUCUAUUUUGUCUUUCUUUUUCUUUUCUUUUUUUAUUAGUAAAAAUGUUAAUUUGCAAAGUAGAAAUGUAUCCAGGUUCUUGUUUUUGAAAUGGACGUUUUUAUAAGAAAAAAAAGCAUUUUAAUUUUUCAAGUUUGAAUAUGGAUCUCGUUUCUGUACACUUUUAUCACUGACCGUUUUGGAUAAACCUUCAGCUGUGUCCUCUGGCAAACAAACGCAGACACAACUCUUAUGAAUGUAAAGGUCUUCUUUAUCGUUGUCAGAGAUUUCAGUCUUCACUCUGGAUAGAUUUCUGCUGGACAAAUCUAAAUAUAAAUAUAUAUACACAUUUUAAAAAUGAGUCACAAAGCAUGUCUUUUCUGUGGAUCAUUAUAGACCCUUUAUUUGCAUAAUAUUUAAAUUAAUAAAAAUUACAUUUGUAGCAUAAA